AUGAUCAGAUAUCAAGAAUCAGUAACCUACACCUGCAAUACUGGCUACACACUGAGUGGAAUGAACACAUCAACAUGUGCAGCUAACGGUACUAUACUAACACCCAGUUGUCUAGCUGUCAAUUGUACCAUACCUAAUAUCACAAAUGGGCAGCAAGCUGUAUCGGAAAUAUCUUUCCAGCAAAGAGCCAACUAUUCAUGCAAUGCUCAUCAUGUGUUAGUUGGAGAUGCACGGCCAACAUGCCAGGCUAAUCGCACGUUGACUUCAACACCCACAUGCAAAGCUGUGACCUGCAAGGUACCAACUAUCAGCAACGGGAAGUCUAGCCAAACAGGGAUGAUCAGAUAUCAAGAAUCGGUAACCUACACCUGCAAUACUGGCCACACACUGAGUGGAGUGAGCACAUCAACAUGUGCAGCUGACGGCACUAUACUAUCACCCAGUUGUCUAGAUGAACCCAACAAUCCCCAGGCAUCGGGAACGGGCGUGGGAGCUGGCCCUAUUUUAGGUGCAGUAUUUGGAUUUGCUGCCUUCCUGGGUGUGGUGCUAGCUGCCUUGAACAUGAAGCGAAUCAAGGAGGUGGCGUUAAUUAUCCCCAAGAAAGCAAAGAGCCAGCGUUUGUCUCGAGCUGCCGCUAAUAACUGUCGAGAAUCCUUUGACGCAGACUCCACAUCAAGCCCGUUCACAACUAACAGACGAGAAACUUGUGUUGAAGGAAUCAAUUUGGGCAGCUCGCUCAAUGUUGUAGAAGAGAAUGAACACGAGAGCAGCAACUUCAACGCUAGCAUGCUGUACUCAGAGUUGAAUGUUAAGGAGGAAACAAAUGGGGCUUAUUUGAACACUUGUAGCCCACCAUCGCAUCGUUUGUCCAUUGUCAGUGACAGAAGCAACACCUCAAGCACUUGCAUGCUGAACUCAGAGAUGAAUGUUAAGGAGGGAACGGAUGAGGGUUAUGUGAACACUUGUAGCCCACCAUCGCAUCGUUUGCCCAUUGUCAGUGACAGAAGCAACACCUCAAACACUUGCAUGCUGAACUCAGAGAUGAAUGUUAAUGAGGAAACAUAUGCGGCUUAUGUGAACACUUGUAGUGCACCAUCGCCUCGAUUGUCCAUGGUCAGUGACAGAAGCAACACCUCAAACACUUGCAUGUUGAACUCACAGCUAAAUGUUAAGGAGGAAAUAUAUGAGGCAUGUUUGUCCACUGGUAGGACACCAUCGCUGAGUCAUAGCCUCGGUCGUUUGUCCACUGGCAGUACUGUCAGUGACAUCUAA